AUGGAAGUUGUCACCCCCCCAAAACGAAUGACGCGUGCCAGAGCAGCCGCAAAGGACGCUGUGAAGACCAAAAGCACUGCCACCGCCGCGACCGCCUCCACUAUCGCAAAGGCUACCAAGGCAGCUCCGGCCACGACUAAGAGAACCGCAACUACGUCGCGUCCCGCUAAGCGGAAGACUCGAUCUGAUGAAGAUGAAGAUGAAGAAGACAAUCAGCAAACCGACGCUGAGCAAACAAGUACCAUGAAUAAGCCAGCAAAACCCAGAGGAAGACCGAAGAAGGUUGCCGGAUCUGAACCUGAACCAGAGACAGAGGCACCUGAUGACAAUGCAUCAACCGCAACCAGAGCUACGCGUGGUCGAAAGAGAGUUACCACAGAAGCCACAGCUCCUAAACGAGAACCAGCGAAGACUACACGUACAACUACACGAACCCGGAAGACGGCUACUGAAGACAACAAUGCCAAAGCAACUACUGGGCCAGCCAAGAAGACAACGCGUACGCGCGCUACCGCCAGUACCAAGGCAGCCCCUGGUAUAAUCACCACAAGUGUUUCCACGGAGCCAACACCCGGCCUAAAGUCUGCUGUCUCCAGACCCGCCUCCAGGGUUACAGGGAUUGUUAAGAAGACAGUUUCCUUCCAGGAACCCGAGAAGGAGAACCUGGUGCCCACCGUAGCCACCAAGGCUAAGGCAAAGACUGCCGAGACAGCUACGGGUAUGCGUGCAAAGCCUGUUCGCAAACCGGCUGCUACUGGCAGAACUACCAGAGCCACCGCAAAAUCAACUAGCAGCGAGACUCGUGAGAAGUCACCUCUCAGCCCUAAGAAGGAUGCGCAGAACCUAGCAUUGUCGCGAGAUACUGAUUCGGAUGACGAGCUUGCAACGUUGGAAAAGACGCCUCUGAAGGCCUUAAUGAAGAGCCCUGUGAAGCCACCCGCGACGAAGAAGAUUGACAUUCAGCCUCAGACUGAUAAUGCAGAAGAAACUGCUCAGGAGGCCACAGAGCCAAUUGGCUCGUCAGUAUUUGGAAGCCCUGCUCGUAGGCCGCCCGCUUCUCCAUUUAAGGAUAUGAUGAAAUCGCCUCCGAAGAAGGUUGAUGCCGUGCCAUUCGUCUUAUCAUCGCUAGAAGAACAGCAACAAGCAGCGUCAUCGCCAUCUAAAACUUCCAUACUACAGUCGCCUGCUAAGAGGCCCUCGGUGCCUAUUAAGGCGUUCCAGCCUUCUCAAGAGUCCAAUGGUAUCAGCCGUUCUCCUGUGAAGAUGUCUCUCUUCCAAUCACCGGCUAAGCGCCCUGCGUCGCCGUUCAAGAUGCAGGUACCGCCUAUGCAAUCGCUUAUAAGCAAUUCCCUCAAAUUAUUUGGGCCUAAGACUUCUCCAACUGAGGAGAAACCUCCCGUUGAAGAAGUGCAACACCCUGAGCAGCAAGAGGUUACUGAGACAGAGAAUGAGCCUGCACCGAGCGAGCAAACGGAAGAGAACCAAGUUGAGCUCGAGUCACCUGCCCAGCUUGCUUUCCCGGGUCGUUUAUCUGCUGUCUUACCUCGACAUGCGGAUCCUGCUCUCCGAGAAAAUCCUCUUCCAAUCAAGGAUACGGAUGUGAAGCAGCCAGAGCCUGUUACCGCAGAACCGGUCGAGGCGCAGAAAGAGCCAGUUAUCGAAGCUGAGGCUGAAGCUGGGGCUGGCGAGUCAGCUCACGACCCUAUGGAUGUUGAUGAGCUCGAAACAAAAGAGGAGGCGGCGCCUGGCCCGGCACCAACCGCGUCACCCCCUAAGCAAGCCGACAGGCCUGAAUUUGGUCUGAGAGCUAAGGACCUCAAGGACAGUGAUAUGUCCGACUCCGAGGAUGAACUUGCAUCCAGCGGAAUGACGCCUAACAAGAGCCAAGAUAAUACGAUUUUUACCUUCACUGGCGUUCCUUCAACACCCACGCCUAGUACUACCAGAGCUCCCCGUCUACCGUCUAGCGCAGUCAAGGCUGCCAGUCGUGCCAUUCGAUCGGUAUCCAAGGGACCUCGAUUUAGCUUUGCUCCGCUGCCCAGCCAACUUAAUGAGCGAAAAUUCGCUAGCCCAGCUAAGGCUGGUAGCAGCGACGUGGGAAUAUUCUCUCCUGAGUUCAAGGAGGAGGGAUUCUCAUUACUCAAAGAGAAUGACAGCUCUCCGGCUGAAUCCACGCCGACCAGAAGCUUCUUUGAUGAAGAGAUGAAGAUUCGUGCUGAAAUGGAGAAUCAGGCCGCAAUUGAAGCUGCCCUUGAAGCCGACAUUGCCGCUCAAUACGACGAGCCUGAGUUUGAUGAGAUCCCUAUAACAGACGAAGACAUUGAGCUUGCUGCCGAGGCCAACGAGAUGUCCCUCAUGGAGGGUAUCGCUGAAGUUGAGGAGCCCAAGGAGAACCAUGCUCAUGAUGACUCGAUUUCGGAUGCUAGCCAGGAGUACGGCGAUGAAAAUGCUGUUCCUAUCGACCCGGCUCUUCUGAGCAACAAUGCUGGUACGCGUCGUCUCGAGCCGGUUACUCCCGUCCGACCGGCCGCCCCCAGGAGCUUCCACACCGUCUCCAAGGUGCCUUUGAAGCCAGCUGACGAUUCCACUCCCGGGAUCUUCAAGAAGCUCAGCGCAAGUGUGUCAAAACUUUCUGCCAACCGCCCUAGCUUCUUUAGGAACACCACAGUGACCUCAUCCGUCCCCACCAAAGAUGCAUCCGAGAUGGACGUUGAUGGAGAUGACGCACAGGAACUCCCUCCCGUCACUCCUUCGAAAGCGGACAUCUGGUCUUCUAUAGGCACACCAGCGCGUACCCCUCGCCGUGACCUAAAUAACUCUUUGCUCCGAGGUGCAGUCGUAUUUGUUGAUGUACACACAAGCGACGGUGCAGAUGCAAGCACUGUUUUCGUUGAAUUACUCACACAGAUGGGUGCUCGUUGUGUUAAGAGCUGGCCCUGGAACCCAACUAAUUCUAACGAAGACGGUUCGGCAUCCAAGAUCGGUAUUACUCAUGUCGUGUACAAGGAUGGUGGCAAGCGAACAUUGGAAAAGGUCAGGGAAAGCAAUGGCGUCGUGCAGUGCGUCGGCGUCGGCUGGGUCUUGGACUGCGAGCGCGAAAACAAGUGGCUUGAGGAAGGACCCUACUACAUUGAUACUUCUCUGGUUCCUCGCGGCGGACGUAACCGUCGAAAGAGCAUGGAGCCUAAGGCACUUGCUAACCUCAAUGGCACCCUAGUUACUCCUAUGAAGAAUACUACGGGACAGCCUCGAGAGUGUCAAACCGUACCCAACAACCACGUUAACCGUAGGGAUAGUACUGCUUGGAUGCGUACCCCUUCGGAACAGGAUGAAGAUGAGGAUGCGGACCAUGACUGGGAUAGCGAGCUUGGUAUGCUUACCCCCGUCCCCAAGACGCCAGCUCCAGAAGCUGUUGCGAGAUUCGCCAUGGAUAUUAGCCCGGACACUCCCAGCACGGUGCAAGAUGAAGAUGAGGCGGAGAGAGAGCAGCUUUUGAUGAGAACUUGCCCGCCGAAGAAGAGCGUGUACACGGACCUCGGCGAAAGCGUCGUUAAAAAGGAGAAGGACCAGGGUAUUCUAAUGCGUCUUAUGGCGGCUCGUCGCAAGAGCCUGCAGUUCGCACCCAAAAUUGCGAGCCCCCUUUCCAAGGCGUGGAAUUAA